UAAUCCCAUUAUAAAUCACCAUGACCUAUAUUUUCCUAUUAUUGCCAAAGUCGCACUAAAUCAUUUUGCUCUCUGUAAUUACCCUGAAGCUAUGGGUGACAUUGACCCUUCUUUCGUUCAAGACCACGAACAGAGGCCAAAAUUCAAUAGCACAGAAAUUGAAGAAAUCCCAGUUAUUGAUCUCUCAGCUUCAAGCCCAAGUGACAGUCAAGAACUAGUUUCAAAGAUAGGAGAAGCAUGCAAGAAUUAUGGGUUUUUUCAAGUGAUUAAUCAUGGGGUUCCACUGGAGCUGCGUCAGAAAACUGAGAAGGUAGCAAAAGAAUUCUUUGAUCAGUCAAUGGAGGAGAAAAGAAAAGUGAAGAGAAACGAGGUGGAUCCUAUGGGAUACUAUGAUAGUGAGCAUACUAAAAAUGUUAGGGAUUGGAAGGAGGUCUUUGAUUACUUGGUGUUGGACCCAACUCUGAUUCCUGCCUCAGCUGAUCCUGAUGAUAAGGAGCUAAGGACUCUGACCAAUCAAUGGCCAGAGUACCCUUUUGAAUUCAGGGAACAAUGCCAAGGAUACACCAAGCAAGUGGAAAAACUAGCUUUCAAGUUGCUGGAACUUAUCUCUAUGAGCUUAGGGUUACCUGCUGAUCGGUUGAAUGGCUAUUUCAAGGACCAAAUCAGCUUUGCUAGGCUCAAUCACUAUCCUCCAUGCCCUUCUCCCCAUCUGGCUCUUGGUGUGGGUCGACACAAAGAUGGUGGUGCCUUAACUGUCCUUGCUCAAGAUGAAGUUGGAGGACUGGAAAUUGCCCGGAGAUCAGACGGGGAGUGGAUUCCAGUCAAGCCAAUACCAGAUGCCUUCAUCAUCAACAUUGGCAAUUGUAUGCAGGUUUGGAGCAACGACCUGUACUGGAGUGCAGAGCACAGGGUGGUGGUGAACUCGGAGAAGGAAAGGUUUUCUAUGCCGUUUUUCUUUUUUCCUUCCCAUUAUGUCCAAAUUAAGCCUCUGGAGGAGCUGGUGAAUGAGCAAAAUCCUCCCAAAUACAAAGAAUUCAAUUGGGGAAAGUUUUUUGCUAGUAGAAAUCGUAGCGAUUACAAGCAACAAGAAGUUGAAAACGUCCAAAUCGAUCAUUAUAAGGCCUCAGAGUAGCUGUUUCAAGUGGCUUCUAUGUAUGUCAAUGAGUGUAUCUAUUGAGCAAAUAAUGUGUUGUGUGCUAUGGAUUGUAAACGUUAAUGUAUGUAUGGCAUGCAUAUUCAGACUUGCUAGCUUAUAACAAAUUUGUUGUAAUUAGUUGUUUUUUCAUCCCUAUCAGUCAAAUAAAACAUAUCGUUUUUUUCUGGGAAAAA